AUGUAUAAUAUACUUAUUGAUGGUGCAAGUAAAAGUGGGAAGUUUGAUAUUGCAAGGAACCUUUUCAAUGACCUAACUGUUAAAGGUUUGCAACCGAAUGUUUGGACAUAUAAUACAAUGAUCAGUGGUUUUUGUCGGGAAGGAUUAGUGAGUGAAGCAAAAGAGUUUUUUCUUAAGAUGGAGGAAAGGGGCUGCCAGCCGGAUAGUGUGACUUACAAUGUUCUUCUCCAAGGAAUUUUAAAGUAUGUUCAUCAUGAUAUGGUAGAGAUGCUUUUCCUGGAAAUGGAAGGAAAAGGCUUCUCACUUGAUGCUUCAACUGUAUCAAUGUUACUUGAUCAUAUAAAAGCUAGAUCUUUAGAUGCUUCUUUGCUUAAGCUGAUUGGUAAGCUUGUGCCAAAGGAAGAAGUGGAUGCUUCUUGUUUUACUGUGUAG